GGCCUUACUGAUCCGACAGUCGGACUUAAAACGCUCUAGUGUGUCGCCGCUUAAAACGCAGUUGCGACUCGCGUCGGUCACACGUAUCCCGACCGCGGGUCGAUCCAAGAAUCGCCCUAAUUUAUUUUCCAUGUUAUGUUUCGUACCGUUUAUUAAUUAACUAUGGAAGUCAGUGCUAUGCCGCCGAUGCCGUUGGACUUUUCGAUGGUGAGGAGUGGUAGUGAUUCUCCAGGGGUGGCCGUGCGAGAAGAGUCGCCCAGGUCGUCGACAAACAGCGCCUUCAGAGUGGUUACCCCUAAAGGAUUAUCAGCCAGCGAAGCCCUCCGCAACGGUCUCUGUCAGUCUUUGUGGAGUGCAUCGGUCAGCAGACCCGAACCGAGGGUCGCGUCGCUACCGCCGGCUCAGAACCUUGACACUUACUCUAGAGAAAAAAUCAAGUUUGGCAUCAAUCGGCUAGUCGGCGAUAGAACGGACGAGGAUGAAGAAGAACUACACAACAAUGAGACUAGAGCUGAAGGCACAUCACCAGCUUCACGAUGCGGCAGUCCAUGCUGGGCUCCAUCUCCUCAAUCGCCAAGAUCAGUUCGAUCCAGUUCACCUGAACUUGAAGUGGAUUCUCCACCUUCAUCACCACGGAGACAGCCCGACUCAUCACCUCCACCAAAACGAUCAGAAGCAUUCUCGGUCAGCGCAUUGUUGAGACCAGAUGCCCCAAGAGUUCAACCUCAAAGACCAUUUUUAUAUCCACCUUUACCUUUUGCUGAGUUCUUGAGAGACGCUGGCGGCCUUGGUCUCCACGGAUGGGGAGGCUACAGUAACCUAUAUCUUCAUGCCGUACAAGCUGCAGGGCCGGAAUUGUUGAGGCUUCGAGCGGCAGUGCUUGGAGCUCCAGGACCUCUGACCAGGCCAUUGCCGAUCGGAGAUGUGUAUUCAUGUGUUAAGUGCGAGAAGAUGUUCAGUACACCCCAUGGCCUGGAAGUUCACGCGAGAAGAUCUCAUAACGGCAAAAGACCCUUUGCUUGCGAACAAUGCAGUAAGACAUUCGGCCAUGAAAUCAGCUUGAGUCAACACAGGGCACUUCACAGCGUGGCGAAACUCUUCGAGUGCAAACAAUGCGGGAAAACCUUCAAGAGAUCGAGCACUCUCUCCACUCACCUGUUAAUUCAUUCCGACACCAGGCCAUACCCUUGUCAGUACUGCGGAAAGAGAUUCCACCAGAAAUCUGAUAUGAAGAAACACACAUACAUACACACCGGUGAAAAGCCCCACAAGUGCCAGGUCUGCGGCAAAGCUUUCAGUCAAAGCUCGAAUCUGAUCACACAUUCCCGCAAGCACACCGGCUUCAAGCCGUUCGCUUGCGAGCUUUGCGGGCGCGCUUUUCAACGAAAGGUCGACCUUCGCCGGCAUAAAGAGACGCAGCAUGCCAAUUUGAGGGCGACCCAGCCUAUGCAGCCUUCGCAUACAGAUGUUCACUCCAUGCACUCAGAUAUGCAAAUACCUGACCAUAGAAUAGAUAUCCGCCCUCAUCCCGAGUUGCGGCCUCCGCACCCCGACUUCGGAGCGCCGCCACACAUGACCACCGCAGUACCACCACUCCAGCCGUUGCCGUCCUGAACUACAACCGCCUUUCCGCCCAACUGGCGUUAAGGCAAAAUCACCAAAGAUAUAAUUAAUCACUGUAUCCCAAAUAAAUCCAAAGAAGAAAAUUGUUUAAUUCUGGAAAUGAUGUUCCAGGAUAUACGAUCAAUAGUACUUCUAAUAGCUUAUGUAAUCUUCUUGCGCGCUAAUUAUUGGACAGAGUCAAUGUAACUGACAACAGUUUUAUUCUAGAUAACGAAAAGAAAACAAACAGUAGGUACUGUACCAAAAUUAUUAAUAAUAUUAGUUCUUAGUCCUUUGAGGAGAAUUUCUGUUAUUAUAACUUAUUGCACUUAAAUCGUACCGAUUCAAGGAACUUGAAAAAUACAAAAAAAUAAACGGCUUUUAUUUUACAAGUGACGUCAUUUGUGGUCAAAAUAAGUGACGGUCAUCACCACAGCUCAUUGAUUAGCCUCGUAUGACAUCAUACGUUAUCAGUGCUGUUAAAAAAAACUGUUAUAUUGAGAUGUUUAAUAUUUUCUUCUUUUUCUUUUCUUGUUCUUAUCCCUCUAUGAUUGGUCAGCACUGCAUGUCCUCUUUCUCCAUUCAGGCCUAUACGUAUCUCAUCUAUAUACGUCAUCUCUGCCAGUCGAACUCUUCUCUCACAUAUCCUCUUCCACACAUUCCAUCCAAGUCUUUUUAGAACGCCCCCUCCUCACAUAUCCCAAAUGUUUAAUUUACUAACCAUUAAAAUUUCAGCAGUAAUCAGAUGAUCGUCUUAAUUAAAAAACAACCUAUAAAACUUUGUUAAUCUUCAAAUAUUUUUUUAUCGAUAUCCGAUUGACGUCUAAUAUGAAAUAACUUUGCUAGGGUAUUUGAUAUAAGAUAAAUCGCAUUAUGAGGAUUGUUUUUUUUAAUAGUUCUUGCAUACCAAAAUCCAUACAUUGACAUGCAAAGAACAACUAGAUAAUGAAAAAAGUUGGUUAGAAAUAAUGUAAGAAUAUAUACACGAUCUUUUUUAAUGGUGCCCACUUUGUAAAUACGCUGUUGCAUCGAGUUUGUAAAACUUUAAUGUAUGAUUAGUUGAAUUAAAUAGGUGUAAAGUUUUUGUGCUUAACAAAAACGAUUUUUGGUAUAAGACUGUAACAAUUAUAAUGCUCUCGUGUCAUCGUAGGUACGUGUUAUCAUUUAGAAGGUAAAGAAUGGCUUUACCUCUACUUUUUUUUUCUCUACCUAUGCUGUUUGCCUUGAGCGGCUAUAUCAGCUUCUCCUUGACGUGUAAGUGAGCUCACGAGGCUCAAGCCGGGUGUGUUGCUAACACUGGCUCUAGCAAGAGCAGUACUUCGCAGAAUCUACCACCGGAUCGGAAACGUGACCCACUGAGAAAAUCCGGCGAGAAACUCAAUGGGCUGUGUCUAUGGGUUAAUUCACUGGUAUAGUGGGUUAAUUCACUGGCACCUGAUAUAGUGUGUUGAAUACUCACUAAAGCAUUGACGUAACGUAGAACAAUAUAUUGAGAUUUAAAGUGUAGGAUAAUUUAGUUGUUGCAUCAAUCAAUAACAAUUUUUCAAGCUUAAAAUUAAAAUUAGAAAUCUUAUUUUUUUAAUAUGAUCUCACACGGUGACCUCUGAAAUAAAUCCUUUAAAACUGUAUACUCGUAUAGGUCAUCUAGAUAGAUUACAUAAUUUUAAUUUUCAUUUUAUAAUCUCGUUUAAAACACUUGUCAUGAAAGAAAUACACGAGUCAUUCAUUUGUCUUACAAUUCUGUUACAAUUAAGAAUAGUUUUAUUAAAUUUACGGAGCAACUCAAUAUUGCUUUGCUUAAGGCUUCGUCAAACAGAACGCGUAAUUAGCGCGCGUCAGAGCGCUAAACUGACGGCGCGCUAUGACGCCGAGAUGUGUUGUAAUACUAUGGUAACAUACCGUCAAACAGAGCGCCAGCGCUAUAGCGCUUAUAGACGCGCGCUAAUUACGCGUUCUGUUUGAUGAAGCCUUUAAUAUAAAAAUAUUAAUUUAAUUUCCACGAAUAUAUCUCGAGUGUACACGACCUCUGCAUCUCGCAACUGCACGCCAUUUUUAAUCCGGGAGUUGUAAAACUGAGCUCUAUUUUUUUACCACUAAGAUUCAUGAUAACUUGGUUUUCGAGUUAACGAGGACAGUAUUACGAGCUGACUUGGCCGAUUUGAACUUCACGCGUGUAUUUUAAGAUCUCGAUAAUAAUAAUAACGCCCUCAACCUGACCUCUAACACUAUGUUACAAAAAAACAGAUCAAUUCUAUUUACGUGUACUCGUGAUGACGCUCUGUGUGCUGAACGUGAGUUUUUAACGUUCUCGAUAGCGUAAAAGUUAACUCAAUUUUGUGUGCAGUUGAAACAGCGCCCCUGGUAGCAAACGUAGGCAAAUAUUCCAACUCCAUACAAAUUUAAGUUAACUUUUACGCUAUCGAGCACGUUAAAAAACUCGUACUAAGCACACUAAGCGUCUAUGAUCAAGUUUGCCGCGCAUACUGUUGUUAAUUCGUAUCUACAAGUAUAAAUAUAAUCUUCAGCCGUGUCUAGUGGCAAUGUUUUACGAAAAUAUGAAGCAGUGAAGUACCGCGCCCGUCUCUCUUCGAUUAAUUCACUUUUAUCGAAACUAUCAUUCCAAUUUCAAAAGACAAAUGAUUUUUAUUCCAUAAUUUUACUGUACAUGUUUUUUUUAUUUUAAGUUUUCACUUGUCGCUCGCGAAUUGGAUAGGCAAUGGGAACGUAGCCGACAUAGCCAACAUUUGUAGCAAAGGCCCUAUCACUGUCAGAUGAAGAGUGGAAUGGAACGGAAUUUAUUUGUUUUAGAGUGAAAUUAGAGGAAUUUGAUAAGUCAACCCAUAGUGUAUGUAAAGACAGCACACUGAAAGUUGAAUAUACUCUAUGGAAUCUGAGAAACCAUGUUGCUUUUGGUUUGAUUUCCCACAUUUCCGCAUUUUCAGAAACGCACGAUUUUUAAUAUGUCGCCUUUAUUAUGAAUUUAACCCUGAAGAAAUAUUAAAUUACCGAAAUAAGACUAUUCACACGGCUUGACGCCAUGCGUUCCCGCCAAGAAAUCAGGUGCCAUAAACGCACAGCAAACAUUUGGUUAAUGUUACCACAAGCAAAAAAACAAACAUUCCAAAGAAAAAAAGACAAAGAAAGAAAAAAGUACAAAUUAUGUUUUUGUACUAUAAAUUUAAUUAAAUAUUUUACACGCAACACAGCUUUUAUACAUGUUAUUUUACACUAAAAUAAAUAGAUAUUAAUAGGCUUUUGUAUUUAAAAAAAUUAAGACAAAUUUUAGGUUUUAAUAAGUCAAUACCAAAAAAAAAGUAAUAACUGUUUAAUUAGUAAAUUAAUAAUUAUGUAUAGUUUAUAGUCAUCUUGUUAUUAUAUAAUGUACAGUCAUUCUUCGAUUUCAUCAUUAAUUAUAUUAGUAAAAUUGUAAAUAGGAUUAAUGGCAUGUAACUAUUUUGUAAGGAUUUUCGGAUGCCAUCUGAGUAUAAUAUAGUAAAAAUAUUUAAUCUGUGGUAUCUACGUAAUGCAUAGAAAAAAAAAACGUUCAUAAAUUAUAUUAUAAAGAGGAUCUUGUCAAUGUAUAAAAGGGUUCUUAUUGAUUGAGAACAAUAAUAAUAUUGUAAUUGCAUGAUCUUAAUAUGAAUCAUUUGAGUUAGCUUUGAAUUUGUAAGAAAUAUUCGGUGCUCUAUGAAAGUUUAUUUUGCAAGAAGUGACACAAAUAAACGUUGCGACAAACGCGAUUAAGAACGAACCUUCAAUCAAUUAUAAUAUUAAUUUACGAUUAAUAGUAUAAUAGAGUUUUAUUAAAGUUUUCUCAUGUGCUAGUUAUGUUAUGGUUCGGUAGGCAGCGGCUUGACCCGGUAGGCAGCGGCUUGGCUCUGCCCCUGGAAUUGCUGAAGUCCAUGGGCGACGGUAACCACUCACCAUCAAGGGGCCGUAUGCUCGUCUGCCUACAAGGGCAAUAAAAAUAAAAAAGUGUUAAUUUUAUAUCAUCGAAAUUUUGAAACCAUAAAAUUAACAUGACAUUUUGAUCAAUAUUUUAAAUUAAAGAUACGUUUUGAAACACAAUACGUUUUGAAACACACAGUAAAUACAUAUUUAGUUAUAACUAAACGAUGUUAAAUGAAGGCUUUUUAUCUCGAAAUUUCUUUUGUUAUUUUCCCUCUCAGAUGUCUUUUGUACAUCGUUUUGUAUAUAAUGUAUAAUAUGAACUAUCAUAAUUAUUAUCUUAUAAUAAAACAAAUCCAAAGAAACGUGCAAUGAAUGUGUCGUAAUUUUACGAAUUAUUAAACAUUAUUAUCAUUAUUAUUGUAUUAAAAUAUGUCACCUCAAUAAACACUCGUGAAAAUUAA